GGAUAGAGUUGGAAUUCGCGUGCCCACCGCACGAUGUCUCUUGAGGCGCGGUGACGGCAAGUGUGAUUGUCAAAAAAUAGCAAAAUGGCGGCGUCGAGACGGCUGCAAAAGGAAUUAUCAGAUUUGAGAGCGUCCGGACUGAAAUCCUUCAGAGACAUCGUCGUGGAUGACACAAAUAUCCUCGCGUGGACAGGAUUAAUUGUUCCGGAUAAUCCACCAUACAAUAAAGGUGCCUUCAAGAUUGAGAUCAACUUCCCGGCAGAAUACCCGUUCAAACCACCAAAAAUCAGCUUUAAGACCAGAAUCUAUCAUCCCAACAUCGAUGAGAAGGGUCAGGUGUGUUUGCCGAUAAUCAGUGCGGAGAACUGGAAGCCAGCCACGAAAACUGAUCAAGUGAUUCAGGCUCUAAUCGCCCUGGUGAAUGAUCCAGAGCCUGAGCAUCCGCUGCGGGCGGAUUUGGCUGGCGAGUAUUUGAAUGAUCGGAAGAAGUUCAUGAAGAAUGCCGAGGAGUUUACGCGGAAAAAUAGUGAGAAACGACCAACGGAUUAAGAAGAAGGGGGGAAAAUGGCAAAGCAGAGUCACACCAAUCCUCAUGAAAAAAAACUCCUCCUCUUUUCUCCCUUCUCCGCGACAUUUACACUCUUGUCCUUCCGCAUUUUCUCUCCAGGAAAAUCACACAGAGAACCUCUUAUUAAUUUAUAUACAAAUGAUUCUUCGUAAUGAAAAAAAGGCUUGAUUUGCGUGAGUGUGAGUGGAGAUGAAAUCACACAGGGAGAUGCGAUAAGCGAAAAAGUUUUUCUUUUGCUCUUCGUUUCUGAGUCAGAUGAUGAGAAAAUGAAUAUUUUUGAAUUCAAAAGUAUAUUUUAUAGAUGAAGGCAAAGAGAUGGUAUAAUUGUACACAGUUGUAGAAUAAACUAAUUAAAUGAU